AUGUCUGCCCCUUACGGUCAGCAGUAUGGCGGUCAGCCAUCACCGUACGGCGACCAACAGAGCUUUCAAGACCAGCAGCAGCUGCUUCCCGAGGGUCAUGCUCCGCCACCGGCUGGUGCGCCCAUUCUUGAGACGGGCAAGAAGAAGAAGAGAGCUUAUGCUGCUGAUGCCUUCAGUGUUGGCACCGCCGGCAAUACCUCCGCUGGCGGUCAGGGGCCACCACCCAGUCAGUACGGCGCUCCCGUCCAGCCUGCCGGCGCUCCUGCAUACGGCAGCUACGGCGCCCAGGCAACCCCUGAUGUCCAGGAUGUGCAGUAUGGCCACCCUCAGCAGGUUGGCAUCGGUGCGUCCGGCGGAGCCGCGGGUGUCCCCGCGGCUGGCGGCUACGGAUAUCCCGAUUAUGGCUACUCAGGUGCAAACGCAGGCAUGCCUGGUGCUGGUGGUGUCGAUGCAGUGACGGCUGGUGUUGCCAACAUGGGCAUCACAGGCGCCGGUCAGCCACCCGCCCCGCACCAGCCGCCGCAUCAGCAAGUACCAGCGCACCAGGGCCAGCCGCCGCGUACUGGUCCCCUCAAUCAGCUGUAUCCGACCGACCUCAUGAGCCAACCCUUCAAUGUGUCUGAGCUGGACCUCCCCCCGCCGCCCAUCAUGUUGCCCCCCAACAGCAGCGUCACUCCCUCGCCGGACGCCAACUGCCCGUCUAAAUAUGUCCGGUCCACAAUCAAUGCCGUCCCCACGAACCAUUCGCUCCUGAAAAAGUCCAAACUACCUUUUGCCCUCAUUAUUCAGCCUUAUGCGUCCUUGCACGACCUCGACGACGACGUCCCUGUUGUGCAGGACCAGGUUAUUUCGCGCUGCCGGAGAUGCCGCUCGUACAUCAAUCCCUUUGUGACCUUUGUUGACCAUGGCCACCGCUGGCGCUGCAACAUGUGCAACCUGACCAACGACGUCCCCCAGGCCUUCGACUGGGAUGCGGCUUCGCAGAAGAGCGUCGACCGCUGGCAGCGCCACGAGCUGAACCAUGCCGUCGUCGAGUUUGUUGCGCCGCAGGAGUACAUGGUACGCCCGCCGCAGCCACUGGUCUACCUGUUUCUCUUUGAUGUCAGCUACGCCGCCGUAUCAACAGGUCUCCUUGCCACCAGCGCCCGUACCAUUCUCGACAGCCUCAACAGAAUACCAAAUGCCGAUGGUCGUACGCGCCUAGGCUUUAUCGCUGUCGACUCCUCCCUGCACUACUUUGCCAUCCCGCGCGAUUCGAAGCCCGCCGCCAAGGAAGAGGGCGAGGAGGAUGACGGUGCCAAUGGGGACGAUGAGGAGAACAAUGGUGCUGGCGAAACAAGCAUGCUCGUCGUCAGCGACCUGGAUGAGCCGUUCAUGCCCGUGCCCCAAGAACUACUGGUGCCGCUGACCAGCUCGCGCCAGAGCAUCGAACUGUUCCUCACGAAGCUGCCGGGCAUGUUUGCCAACAACCAGAACAACGGGUCCAGCAUGGGAUCCGCCCUGCGUGCGGGCCACAAGCUCAUCUCACCUCUGGGCGGCAAGAUGGUUGUCCUCAGCUCGUCGCUGCCAAACAUGGGCACCGGCAAGCUGGAGAUGCGCGAGGACAAGAAAGUGCUGGGCACGUCCAAGGAGGGCGCGCUCCUACAAACAGCCAAUAGCUUCUACAAGAGCUUUGCCGUAGAGUGCUCCAAAAACCAGGUUUCCGUCGAUAUGUUCCUCUUCUCGUCACAGUACCAGGACGUGGCGUCGCUCAGCAAUUUGCCACGGUACACUGGCGGCCAGACAUGGUUCUACCCUGGCUGGAACGCCGGUCGGCCCGAGGAUGCCAUCAAGUUUGCCACGGAGUUUAGUGACUACUUAUCGUCGGAGAUUGGUCUUGAGGCCGUGCUGCGCGUUCGCGCGACCACGGGCCUCCGCAUGAGCUCCUUUUACGGCAAUUUCUUCAACCGCAGUUCCGAUUUGUGCGCCUUCCCCGCCUUCCCGCGUGACCAGUGCUACGUGGUUGAGGUCGCUAUUGAUGAAACACUCCAGAAGAAUGUCGUGUGUCUCCAGACAGCAGUUUUGCACACGACCUGCAAUGGCGAGCGCCGCAUCCGUGUCCUGACAUUGGCCCUUCCUACGACACUCAGCCUGGCCGACGUGUACGGAUCGGCCGACCAGGCAGCCGUGACGGCAUACUUCAGCCACAAGGCCGUCGAGCGUGCACUGGACGGCGGCCUAGACGCGGCCCGCGACAGCCUGCAGAACAAGCUGACGGAGCUACUGCAGACGUUCCGCAAGGAACUGGCGGGCGGCAGCAUGGGUGGCGGCCUGCAGUUCCCUGCCAACCUGCGGGGCCUGCCAGCACUGUUCCUGGGCCUAAUCAAGAACGUCGGCCUGCGCAAGUCGGCUCAGAUCCCUUCGGAUCUGCGAUCUGCAGCGCUGUGCCAGCUUUCGACGCUCCCCGUACCGCUGCUGCUGCAGUUUAUCUACCCGCGCCUGUAUUCGCUGCACGAUAUGCCAGACAAUGCCGGGGUGCCGGACCCCGAGACUAGCCAGAUCGUGUUGCCGCCGCCGCUCAACUUGUCCUCGGAGCGCUUUGUUCCAUAUGGCCUGUACUUGAUCGACGAUGGGCAGACACAGUUCCUGUGGGUUGGCCGCGACACCGUGCCGCAGCUUCUUGUUGACGUGUUUGGCGUGACGGACCGGACACAGCUGCAUGUGGGCAAGACGUCUCUACCAGAGCUGGACAACGAUUUUAACGAACGGGUGCGGGCAGUGGUGCAAAAGAGCCGGGAUCUCAAGUCGCGGGGCGUCGGCAGCAUUACAGUGCCGCACCUCUACGUGGUCCGCGAAGACGGCGAGCCGAGCCUGAAGCUUUGGGCGCAGACACUGCUGGUGGAGGACCGGGCGGACCACAGCAUGAGCUUCCAACAGUGGAUGGGCAACUUGCGGGAGAAGGUGAGUAACUAG